CCCAGCUUGGCAUGUAUUCGACCUUCCACGAAAACGCAAUCAUCAAGUGCGGCUACGCAAACCCAAGGACCGUGCGCUUGGCUCACGUCUUCAACAUCCUCAUGGACGCAGCGAAGACGGGCUAUAAGCUUAACAAAGCAGCGUGGAAAGACGACCGAGCUACCCAUCAUCACAAAAUCGGCCCACUGUAUCGCGAGCUCGCGAAGACACGGCGAAGAACGAAGGCAGCACAUCCCGCAACUGACUACCUUCACCGUGUUAUUGAUGACGCCAACGAAGAUUCGAUGUUUUUCCGCAAGCACAGGACCGAAGUCAUGGAGUACCUCGUCAAGGUCGCCGAGAAGGAGUACGACAGCUUGUGCGUCAAGAUGGACGCAAAGUUCAAGGCGCUGUCCCUCGGCAACAUCCAGCAGAACAUCCCACCCGACAUGGACCUCGCACGGCCAUGGUACGAUGCGGAGGCGCGCGCAGAGACAGUGCAGCCAGCUCUAGCCCCCGAUCUUCGCGCCAUCGCUGCGCAUGUCAACCGCGUCUACGAAGAGCAAACGCACGUUGACACGGAUAGGCGUAUCGAGGAGAGGCAGGACCAGUUGCGUGCGAUGUCCAAGGACUUCGCCUCCGGCCCGUCCCUGCAGCGGAUGAAGGUUAUAUUCGACGAGGCCCAGAUCAGGCGGCUCGCGGCCUCUUAUGCGUACGUUCACGAUUGGAAGACGAGGUCACGCUCGUCGAAUCAUGUUGGUGACGGUUGGUCCCGCUUCCCGUGGAACGUGGCCUUUCGCGAGCUCUGCCAAAUCAAGGCCGUUGCGGUCGGACCCAGCAAGACGGUGACUACGACCUUCUAUGAGCACUUUAAGUUGGCCAAGGUCUAGUACUUCUGAUCAGGGUGCAUCUCAUGUUGUUGCUUCCUCUUUUUGAUUUUUGUACUCUUAUGGAUUUUCAUACCCUCACUUCAUCUUUGGAUCUCUCACUGUACCGCCAGAUAUUCUUGUAUAAUGUAUAACACGCAUCGUCCUCAGUUACGAUAUUCGGAUGGAAUUCAGCACGUUGCAAGCCAUUUCUUUCUUC